GUUAGAAUUUAAGCUCUGUAUCAUGUGUAAAUAUUCAGCACCGAGUCUUCUCUGAAACUGCGGACUUAUCAUCGUUUCUGUUCGUCGGUAUGGCCUGAUCGAAGCCAGUGAAAGAGAGUAGAAAGAAAACUAAAGAAAGUAGAAGAGUAAGAUAACUCACGAGAUGUGGGCAGUGUUGCUUCUGGCGGUUGUUAUAUCGUCAAUUUCUCCGAGUCAAGGCCUGUACCAAGUCACUAGCAAAGAAAAUUAUACAAGUUAUGGAAACACUGAAAAUAAGGAUCUCAGUAAUUCAUCCUUCGACGAAAUCCUGGAUAAAUGUCGCCAGGAGAACCCAAGUUCCUCCCGAAGGACCCUGACGCUGUGCCUGAGGAGCCAUGGGGUGACGCCGGGGGAGGAGCGGAGAGAGAGGAGAGCCGUGGAAAGAAACGGGAAAGCAAAGUGCGGAAAAAGAUACAAGCUCAAGAGGGGAGCGAAAAGGACCUUCCAAGUCAAAGGAAAUGAGAACUUUUGCAAAGUUUUCUUUAAGCCAAGGGGUAAGGCGGAGCUACAGUUAGUCUGCAGGAAAUUCGACCUCUCGAACUGCGAUGAAGAAUACCUUGAGGUUACUGACCAAGACUCCAAAGAGAAGUACUGCAAUAACGAAGGACCUGAUAGGCGAAAGGGACUGAGGAAAGUGCGUCUUACAUAUAAGAAAGUCAGCGAAGUGAGUGAUAAGCCAAAUAUCCUGUGUGUCGUCAAAGGUGUGAAGGCCUCUGGCGGAGGAGGAAGUAGUGGUGUAACACAGGCUCCUGGAUGUGAUCAAGUGUGUGGGAAGGCUCCGAGCAGUGCUGGGGCUCCGAGGAUUGUGGGCGGGCAAGCGUCGCAGCCCGGAGAAUACCCUUGGAUGGUACGUCUGACUAUCAUAGUUGGUGCCUCAUCCAUCCUCUGCGGUGGAUCCAUCAUCACGUCACUCCACAUUAUAACAGCAGCCCACUGUUUCAUCUCUGAUAGCACUCCUGUGGUAAUAGUCGUAGCGGGAGAACACAACAUAGAAACUGAAGACGAAAGUACCACGCAAGUCAUUGGUGCCAAGAAAAUCACUGUACACCCGAAGUUCAAUGUCACGACCGCGGCCAACGACAUCGCCGUACUCACACUGCAGUCGCCUCUCGAGUGGACCGACAAUGUGGGACCCAUUUGCCUGCCACCUGACAAGACCUUCGUAGGCAGCGAGGCAGUCAUAACAGGAUGGGGCUUGCUGGACUACCAGGAAAUGACAUCUCCGGACGAACUUCAGGAAGCGGGAGUCACUGUGGUCGAUCAAGGGGAGUAAAAGCGCU